UCUUUGCGAGGGUGUCGAGAGGGGUGCAUUUAGGCUGCCGGGACGAUAGGAAUCUGGGCUGCCUUCUUGCUUAGAAACAUGUCAAAGGACACAUUUGUGUUCACCUCUUCCACUCUGCGCUCUCUCCGCUUGCAACGGGAAAUGCUGGAAUGGGAAGAUCGGCGGAGGGCAGCGUCCCGGCAGUCCGCGAACCGGAGGUACCAGUUGGCUCCUAGAAGCACCUUUUCUCUCCCCAGGGCCUCCCGCCGUACCCAGUAUUGCCGAGAUCCUGCCGUUCACAAUGCCCUCUACACAGGAGAUCUGCCAAGUGUCCAAAGUAUCUUUAAGGAUGAAACCACGGCUGACAUGAUCGUGGAGACGAUCAGCGAGGAGCUGGUGUGGUCUGCUGAGUUGGGGAUGUGGGUGCUGACCCCCCAGAAGAAGCACACCUCUCCACUGAGCAUCACGGCUGCUCGGGGCUACCGGGACUGCGUGAAGCACCUGCUGCUACAAGGCGCUCAGGUGGAUGCCAUGGUUGGGGGGCGAGCCGCUCUUCACGAGAGCUGCGCCAACCACCGGGCAGAGUGUACCCGCCUGCUCCUGGGCUUUGGUGCCAAUCCGAACAUUCUUUCAGAAGAAGGCUUGGCACCGCUGCACCUAUGCACCACCCAGGAGACUUUGCCGUGUGCCCAGCUGCUCCUGGAGUACGGGGCUCUGGUGAACCAGCACACAAGAGACCACCGUGCUUCCCCAUUGCACGUGGCUGCGAAACAUGGCCUGGAUGACCAUGCGAAGCUCUACCUUUGCUACGGGGCUAACGUCGCUCACCGAAACCGAGAGGGAGAGACCGCCCUGAACGCCGCCUGCGCUAGCGCAGACAGACCGGAGGACUCUGGCCGCUACUACCGAGUAGCCAAGCGGUUGUUGGACGCUGGGGCCGACGUCCGGAUCGCCGGCCGGAAGAACCACACGCCUCUGCACAACGCUUGCAGCAACUGCCAUGCUCGCCUGGUGGAGCUGUUGCUGCAGCACGGGGCAGAAGUCAAUGUGAGCAACUGCGCCGGAUACACACCUGUGGAUUGCGCCCUCCAAGCGGUGGAAGAUUACUUGGAGGGGGAGCCGGAGAGGGUCAUACUGACUCUGCUUGACCACGGGGCAGCUCCUAUCAACCCCAAGAUGCUGAAAUUCUGUGCUUUGUCACCUGAGGUUAUGGAAGUUGUUUUGAAUUCCUAUGACCGAAUCUUGUCCUGUGAUUUCUGGGUGGGAACUGUCCCCCCUGACGUAUGGCGGAAGCACCAACGGUUCUAUGAUUCAGUCCUCCGGCUGGUGAACCAGCCGCGCCUCCUACAACAUCUGACUCGCUGGGCAGUCCGGAAACAGUUGGGGACGCGAUGCCACCUGGGCAUUGCUGAGUUGAAGCUGCCUUCUUCCCUGAAAGACUACCUGCAUCUCCCACUGGAGGGCUGCCUCAAAUGAGAUGGGGAACAGGAAGGAGAUUGCUAGAACUGGAG